AUGGAUACCCCUAAGCCUAACAUAUAUAAGUUAAAUACAGGUGGGGCUCACUCAUCCACAUUGACUACGGAUGGUAUUGGAGGACUAAUUAGAAAUCAUAAUGGUGAUUGGAUCGUGGGUUUCUCAGGGAACAUACCAUGCCAAUCUUCUAUUUCAGCAGAAUUAUACGCCUUGAUACAGGGGCUUAGAAUAGCAAUUCAACAAAAUCUAUCACCACUACACGUGGAAGUCGACGCAAAGGAGGUAAUCACUAUGCUAGAUUGUGACAAUAUAAUAUAUGCUAACCUACUAUUUGACUGCAGGCACCUUCUACUGAAGCUCCGUAAUCCAAGGGUUCACCAUGCGUACAGAGAACAAAGUAGAGUUGCAGAUCAACUGGCAAGGAGCAUUUUGGAAGGCAACUUUACAAUGCGAGUUUUUGAUGCACCACCACUUUUUGUUAGACCAAUUUCGGAAGCUGAUAAGCAAGGGCAAACAAUUAUGCGCUCAUUUCCAUCGACACCAUAUGCCUUAUAA